AUGGUGACGCCGUUUCCUCGCACGGCGGCCAGGAUCCUCUCUCGCGGAGCAUUUAAGACAAGGGCAUUCUCAAUGACCAGAGCGCGAAGCGUGGACUUUACUCAUGCUGUCAUCGGCGCGGGAGCAGUCGGACUCGCCGUCGCCCGUCAACUGGCCGCCAGGACGGGCACUUCGACCAUCCUGAUCGAACGACACGGCGCCGUGGGCACCGAGACGAGCAGCCGCAACUCCGAGGUCAUCCACGCCGGGCUUUACUACGGGCCGGACACGCUGAAGACAAAACUCUGCAUCCGUGGGCGACAGAUGCUGUACGCGCUGUGCGAGGCACAGGGCAUCCCCUUCCUGCGCACCAAGAAGUGGAUCAUCGCCCAGGACGCGGUGCAAUUCGCCGAGCUCGAGGCCCUGCACGAGUUUACGCGGUCCAUCGACGUGCCCACGCAGUUUCUUCCGCGCAGCGAGAUCACGACCCAAGAGCCCGAUGUCCGCGCCGGGGCCGGCGUGCUGGAGUCCCCCACGACGGGCAUCGUCGACUCGCACGCCCUCAUGGCCUAUCUAGAGGGAUCUUUUGACGAGCGGGGCGGCGACCAGGUGCUGCACACCGUCGUUGAGAAGAUCGAGCCGCUUUCCUCCUCCAAUGGGAAGAAAAGCGCGGCAGGAUCGGGAUAUGCCAUCACAACGCGCUCCCGUGACGGCGCGGGCGGGCAAGACACCAUCACAGCCGAAACACUUAUCAACUGCGCAGGCCUCGCCGCCGUCGAGGUCUCCAACAUGCUCCUCCCCGCGGAGCGGCAUAGGCAGGCCUACUUUGCCAAGGGGAGCUACUUCAGCUACUCGGCCUCACACCCCAGGCCCAAAACCCUACUCUACCCUGCCCCCGUCCCGGGACUAGGCGGGCUGGGCACACAUCUAACCCUCGACAUGGCAGGCCGGAUCCGAUUCGGCCCGGACGUCGAAUGGGUCACCUCCCCAAACGACCUGACUCCAAACCCCGCCCGUCUGGCGGCCGCCAUCGAGGUGAUCAAGACGUACCUGCCCACCAUCGACCCAGCGGCCAUAGAUCUCGACUACUGCGGCAUCCGGCCCAAGUUAGGCCGCACGAGCGGCACGUACGGCAAGGACGGACGGGGCUUCGCCGACUUCUACAUCAAGGAAGAAGAAGGCUUCACGGGGUUUGUGAAUCUCUUGGGUAUCGAGUCGCCUGGCUUGACUAGCGCGUUGGCCAUUGCGGAGUACGUCGAUGAGAUUCUGUACGGUGAGAAAGCGAGCGUUUGA